AUGGACCCCAACCUUGACCUUUUGUUUAAUUUUGGGCAAGAAGAUUUAGGUCUGGGGCCGAUGGGGUCUCAGCUCUCCCAGGUGGGUCUUGACCCCCCGGCUCACCCCAAUAUUCCCUUUUCUCCCCCCGCAGGGCUGCGGGUGGCCGUGACCCUGGUGGAGUCCGGGGGUGACCUCAAGGCCCCGGGGGAGUCCCUGAGGCUCCUCUGCCGCGCCUCCGGCUUCACCUUCGGCAGCUACUCCAUGUUCUGGGUGCGCCAGAGCCCCGGGAAGGGGCUGGAAUUCGUCGCUGGGAUCCAGAGUGAUGGUGCCAACACCUACUACGCGCCGUCGGUGCAGGGCCGGUUCACCAUGGCCAGGGACAACGGGCAGAGCUCGGUGACGCUGCAGAUGAACAACCUCAGGGAGGAGGAUUCCAGCACCUAUUUCUGCGCCAGAAGUGCUGAUGCUGGUGGUGCUGGUGCUGGUGGUAUCGACCCCUCUGUCGUUGACCACAAAUUUCACCAGAAUACCCCAAAUCGCAAACGUCGACUCAAAAUCUCAACCUUGGCGAAGGUGAAGCCGGAGGCGCGGCAGAGGAGCCGCAGGGACUCCCCCGGGGCCUUGAGGUCACCCCCGGACUCCACCAGGGUCCGGCCCUCCGGCUUCACCUUCGGCAGCUACGACAUGAACUGGGUGCGCCAGAGCCCCGGGAAGGGGCUGGAGUGGGUCGCUGGGAUCAGGAACGAUGGUGGUACCACCGGCUACGCGCCGUCGGUGCAGGGCCGGUUCACCAUCGCCAGGGACAACGGGCAGAGCUCGGUGACGCUGCAGAUGAACAACCUCAGGGAGGAGGAUUCCAGCACCUAUUUCUGCGCCAAAAGUGCUGUUGGUGGUUCGAAUAAUGGCGAUGGUAUCGACGCCCUUGUUGGGGUCCCCACGUGUCCCCAAAGGCCAGACCCUCCCCCCAAACCUCCAGUCUUUUGA